AUGGCACAUAUGGAAGAGGUUAUUCCCCCUCCGCCAGGCUCGGAUAAUCAGCCGAGAAGACGGAUGACCCGUUGGGGGAAAAUCGAUGAUGGAAAGAAUAUGGUCAUACACAACACGACAAACUCAUUCCUUCAUGAGUUGAAGAUGCUGUCCGACAAAGCAGCCAACGUCACAGAUGAAGAUCCACAAGGACUCUGGGGGCCAGAGGACGACAGACCAUAUCUGCCACCGCCAUAUGUGGACCUACCUCCGGGGCUUACUCCAUCGCAAAUGGACCAAUUCUUGAGAGAACAGAGGCAUGAUGAUCUAGUCAAAAAAAUCGCAGCUGGGGAACUAGAAUUUGGAGACCCAGAUAUUAGACCACCAUCACCACCCCCAGUAUACGACCGUAACGGGAGCAGGGUCAACACCCGGGAUGUAAGAGCUAAAAACGCAAUGAAUGCGGAAUACAAUCGACUUGUGGAAUACCUUUUGAAACAACUACCAGGCUUCGUAGCAUCAGCGGACUACAAACCAUUGAAAAAAAUACGGAAAAUCAUUAUUCCCCUGGAUAAGUAUCCGGAGUACAACUUCAUGGGACUUGUAAUAGGGCCUCGUGGUUGCAAUCACAAACGGCUGGAGGCCGAAAGUGGCGCUCAAAUAUCACUACGUGGCAGAGGGACAAUUAAAGAGGGGAAACAACGCGACCACCAAACUGAUGAAGAUGCAGCUAUGCCGAUGCACGUACACAUAUCAGCCGAUAAAGAGGAAUGUGUAGAAAAGGCCGUACAGUUAAUCGCACCACUACUCGACCCUUUCCAUCCUAAACAUGAAGAAUUUAAACGACGCGGCUUGGAGCAGUUGGCACUUGUAAACGGGGUGGCACUUGGGAUAUCAGACGCCGGACGAUGCAGUGUUUGCGGAGGCAUGGGACAUCGAGCAUACGAGUGUCCAGAUGCACCAGGACUGCGUACAGUUAAACAUGCGGAUGUUAGAUGUGCAAUCUGCGGUUUCAUGGGACACCUUACAUCUGACUGCAAACUAGCAGGAAGCACAGGAACCACUGCAGCUACGCAGGAGGCAGUGAAGCUAGAUCAGGAAUACAACCGUAUGAUGACGGAACUCACGGGCGAUGCAGCUGCAGAAGCAGUACAGGACCCACAAAACGCAGAACAGUUGCAGCAGUAUCAAAUGGCUUUCUAUCAGCAACAGUACCAGCAGUAUCAGCAGCAAAUGUAUCAACAUCCGCAGUAUUACGCUGCGCAGUACUAUCAACAGUACUACGCACAACCAGGGCAGGCGAUGACGUACCCAGCUACUGGACAACAGGCAGUGUAUGACUACAGCCAAUAUGCGGCAUAUACAACAGAUGCUGCACAAGCUGUGGCACAGACUGAUUCUACCGUAAUCGGUGCUUACCAAGCAGCAUAUGCCCCCGAACCUGUCCCUGAACCCGCAGUGGAGGCACCACCCGAGCCAGCGCCACCCCUUCCAGAAGAUGAGGGGGCACCGCCACCCAUGUAG